CGAAGGCCUCAAGCCAACUGUUUAACUUGAACUCCGGCGAACACUUCUUUUUUUUUUCCCGUCUGUGUAUGGAGAGGGCAGGCGGCUGCUGGCUCGCCACCAAACGUGAACGAACCUCCACCAGUGACAACAUGUUUUGCUUUUUUUUUUUCUUCUUUUUUUUUUCCGCCACCUUGUAAAGUUACAAUGCAAGAGAAGCACCCAACGAUUACGUUCGGGAGCCUCAUCAUGAUGUCAGUUUUGUGGCAACACGGAGCACAGCAGCAACUAUGAGCGCCUUUAUGUGCAAGAAGAAAGGCGACCUUCAACCAGCCAAACCGCACGAUGAGUUGGAAGAAGCACUUCGGGGGGGGUGCAAUAUUAUAUUGGCGUGACAUUUUAGCACGCCUCAUAAAGUCAUGUCAGAUUUGGGGUAUCCUCUCCCAUCGUCGAGGCAUCGAACUCUUAAACAACAGCUUUGGCUAAAAAAAAAAAAUAAAUAAAACAGGCUCGGCUCUCCAAGUUCCACCACAAUUGCCAACAUGACAUUCCAGUAACCCAGAAGGCCUACUUGUUCAGCAAAACAAGACAAAAGUGGUUUCACCCCAACAUCACGGGCGUGGAGGCGGAGAACUUGCUGCUGACCCGCGGCGUGGACGGCAGUUUCUUAGCGAGGCCCAGCAAGAGCAACCCCGGCGACUUCACCCUGUCAGUGCGGCGGAACGGCGCCGUCACCCACAUCAAGAUCCAGAACACGGGCGACUACUAUGACCUGUACGGCGGCGAGAAGUUUGCCACGCUGGCCGAGCUGGUCCAGUACUACAUGGAGCACCACGGGCAGCUCAAGGAGAAGAACGGCGACGUCAUCGAGCUCAAGUAUCCCCUCAACUGCGCCGACCCGACGUCGGAGAGAUGGUUCCACGGGCACCUGUCGGGUCGCGAGGCCGAGAAGCUUUUGACGGAGAAAGGCAAGAACGGCAGCUUCCUGGUGCGGGAGAGCCAGAGCCACCCCGGAGAUUUCGUGCUGUCGGUGCGCACCGGCGACGACAAGACGGACAGCAGCGACAGCAAGCCCAAAGUCACGCACGUCAUGAUCCGCUGCCAGCACGACCUGAAGUACGACGUGGGCGGCGGCGAGAAGUUUGACUCCCUGACGGACUUGGUGGAGCACUACAAGAAGAACCCCAUGGUGGAGACCCUCGGCACCGUCCUGCAGCUCAAGCAGCCCCUCAACACCACCCGCAUCAACGCAGCAGAGAUCGAAAGUCGAGUGCGGGAGCUCAGCAAACUGGCGGAGGCCACGGAUAAAGUCAAGCAAGGUUUUUGGGAGGAGUUUGAGACUUUGCAGCAGCAGGAGUGCAAGCUGCUGUACAGCCGCAAAGAGGGCCAGAGGGCCGAGAACAAGAACAAGAACCGAUACAAGAACAUUCUGCCUUUCGACCACACGCGGGUGGUCCUGACGGACGGAGACCCCAACGAGCCGGGAUCCGACUACAUCAACGCCAAUAUCAUCGCGGUAGUGUCCCCUAGCGUGCCCGACCAGGACGGCAAGUCCAACAGCGCCAAGCUGAGGAAGUCGUACAUCGCCACUCAGGGCUGCCUGCAGAACACCAUCAGCGACUUCUGGAGGAUGGUCUUCCAGGAGAACUCGCGGGUCAUCGUCAUGACCACCAAGGAGGUGGAGAGAGGGAAGAGUAAAUGUGUGAAGUACUGGCCCGACGUGUCGGCUCUGAAGGAAUACGGCGCCAUGCGGGUCCGCAACGUCCGCGAGACGGCGGCGCACGACUACAUCCUCAGAGAACUCAAACUCUCCAAAGUGGGUCAGGGCAACACGGAGCGCACGGUGUGGCAGUACCACUUCAGGGCCUGGCCCGACCACGGCGUCCCCACGGACCCUGGCGGCGUUCUCGACUUCCUGGAGGAGGUCAACCUGAAGCAGGAGAGCAUCCUGGACGCCGGGCCCAUCGCCGUCCACUGCAGUGCAGGGAUCGGACGGACGGGGACCUUCAUCGUCAUCGACAUCCUCAUCGACAUCAUCCGAGAGAAAGGCGUGGACUGCGACAUCGACGUCCCCAAAAGCAUCCAGAUGGUCCGUUCCCAGCGCUCCGGGAUGGUUCAGACGGAGGCGCAGUACCGCUUCAUCUACAUGGCCGUGCAACACUACAUCGAGACGCUGCAGAGGCGAAUCGUGGAGGAGCAGAAAAGUAAGAUCAAAGGUCGCGAGUACACCAACAUCAAGUAUUCCCUGUCAGACUUGACGGGCGGCGAGCAGAGUCCGCUUCCUCCGUGCACGCCGCUGCCCACGCCCACCUGCGCAGAGAUGCACGAGGACCACUCGCGAGUGUACGAGAACGUGGGCCUGAUGCAGCAGCAGAAGAGCUUCAGAUGAGAUCCGCCUCCGUUCCACGACCCCUUUGACGCCUGACCGUUUCUUCGCCAGCCUCACGGCGCCGCUGACAACGGGACAUCACCGACCACAGUAAAACAACAGAAGACGAAAGAAAGCGAACGAGAGAAUAAGAGGGGGAUUGGAGGGGGGCGGGGGGAGGGGGGGCUUUUGGGGCUCUCCGCUCCAACCCCGAAUCACUGUGAUGCUCACGCCGGCCACCGAGCGGCGCCAAAUCCCCGACGACCGAACCUGAACCUGACCCAGUCCAGUUAGCGUCGAAGCAAAGCCAACAAACCCCCCCCCCGUUGCUUUUUUUGUCGUCUUUUUUUCUUUUUCUUUUUUUUUUUUUUUUUUUAGCUUGUCGAUUGUUUGUAGGGUUAGCGGAGAACGUUUUGUGCCAAACGACCGGCCGAAGAUUGAACUCUGACCUCGCUCGCCGCAACUGCCUUGACCACGAAACCCGCGUCCGAAUGUCCCGCCGCGUGGCGUUCGCGAGCCUCGUCUGUCGUCCGGUCCAACGUCAAAUGUUCAUUUUUAAGUGCAUUAUGAAUUCAUACGCUGCGCUCAAAAAGUUGGGGAGGUUGGCCUUUGGGGUGAAAGUUCAGGAAGUUUUUCAUGGCUCAAAGUCGGCUUCUUCCCCCCCCCCCCCCCCCACACACACACAUGAUAACAUCACACGAUGAUGAGAUUCAAACAGACAUUCCCUUAAAAAUCAAGACAAAAUUGGCCCAUUUUUAAUUUUUUGGUACACAUAAACAUAUUACAACAUAACACAAAGAUAAUGUUCAAACAAACAAUGCCGCGUUUGCUGUACCUUCCAGCAUUUACAUGUGAUUUAUAUAUACAUAUAUAUAUUGUACAAUUAUUCUUUUCAAUAAUUUGUCGUUUUGAGUUUUAUCGCGGGGCGGCAGCUCUCGGAAAUUGGAUCCGCCGUCGCCCGGUUCCAAGCCGGGAAAACGUUCUGACAGUCGUCACGAGGUGGAAUGAAGUUGACGUGCACUUUAGCCUCAUCCUGAAAUUUCAUCCCCAAGCGCAACUUUUUACGAUUCACGUGUGGGCGCGUGUCGUCUUACUUGUUUUGAAAUGGAACGAAUUGCCUUGGACGCAGCGUUGCCUCUGCCGCCGGGCGGUCGCCGAAGGUGCCGAGAAACCCGACGUUGCUGCCCCUCACCUUAGCUUAGCUUAUCUUAGGGUUAGCCUAGCAUACAGCCAGUGAGUCUUCUCACGCCGCCGCUUUGUUGCAGCACUUUUGGUAACACCACGACACACAAAAAGCACAGACUGGACCCCCGAAAGAAAAUGCCACUUGGUUACCCGACCGAGCUCUUUUACGCGUGACCCCAAAUUCUUGUCAACCGUUUGAACGUUUUGUUUGGUGUCCUUCUUAAGGUCCAUUCUGCUCUUGGUCCUCAACAGAGUGCGUCAGAGCAUGACAAUUUUAUUUGGGGGGUGCGACGAGUGCCACUUUUUGUGACUGUGCUGCACUAGUAGUACUGAAGGUAGCAACUAGUCGGCACUUGUGGGACCCCACCAGUAUCGUAAGAGGCCCCUCCCCCCCCCCCCCCCCUCCCAUUUUGACGCGUAGCGGUCUUGCUAGUAUGCCACAGUUAAAACAAUUGUAAAUAGUUAAGGUUCAGUAGUAACAAAAGAUGUCAUCUGAUGCUGAAGACGGCAAAGAACGACGACUGCUGUCUAAAUGAAAGUCAUCAGCUCACCUCAAUAUAGUUCAUCGGCACCAAGAUGCCACAAAAUGAAGCUGCUCAACUCACUUAAACUUACUUUAUUGGCAUCAACAUAGUACCAAAGUACUAUUUUUUUCCUAAAUGAAGGUCCUCAACUCACUUCAAUGUAGUUCCUUUUCAGCAAGAUGCUCCAAGAUGGCACUAAAUCACAAUUUCUGUCAAAAAUAAGCUCUCGAACUCACUCUAGCACAGCUCCUUGGCACCAAGAUGGUGCCAAAGCACUACUUUUUUCCCUAAAUGAAGCUCCUCAACUCACAAGUUUUUUGGGACAUUAAAAUGCCACCAAAGCCACAAACCGAGCAAGCGAAUGGUUUCUCCCCAACCUGUUAUCAACUCUUUUCGAGUGUUUUAUCACAAAGUGAACAAGCAAAAAGUUGAAAGAUUUGACUGCUUGGCCUUGAGCGUAAAAAGUGAGUUUUUGACCAAAUAAUGGAGGAUACAUGGCAAAAAAAAAAAAAAAGAUAUGAUGAAUAUGCGGGGGUACACAAGAGUAGAACACAGCCUAGUAGUUGUACUCGUGUGCCAAAUACUUUAAGCGAGACAUCAAGGAUAUAUCGAAUAAACGCAAAUUUGCUCCGUAAUGUGCAAAGUUGGUCCGAUGCUGGUGCCGCGGUAUCCCUUUAUCUGGGGGGGGGGGGCAGCUUUGGUGGGCCGAUGCUAAGCUAACGCGCGCUCGCGAUCGCUCUUCUGGUCCGUGCCUUGGUGGGCUCAUUUCUCAAAACGCGGCCUGGAGAUUUUCCUCGCGCGGCGCUCUUUUAACGCUCGAAUGUGACUCUUGGCCGGUGGGGGAAAAAGAAAACAUAACAAAAGUCUAUUUUUGAAGGUGUUUAUUGUACAUGAGCGAAUGUACUUAGAAGAAAAACAUAUCUACUUGCCAAUAAGAUAAAGUGUAUGUAACAUGCGUAGUGUUGUUCUCUCUUGACAUAAGAGAGCGUUUAUUAUGACGAAAGAUGAAAAAAAAAAAAAAUUGGACGUCCUCACCAAGAAUAAACGGCGAGCUCAUUUGCCUCAUUUCACUGCUGUCUUUUGCUUUUAUUUAUUGUUUUGAAUGAAAGUGGACCAAAGUCAAAUUACAAAC